UUGCGUUGGAAGAAAGCAAAGUUUAAUUGGGAUCCGGAAACAGUUGGCAUGAUCCACGGCUCUUUUUUCUGGGGAUACAUCAUCACCCAAAUCCCCGGCGGGUAUAUCUCGUCCCGGCUGGCAGCUAACAGAGUAUUUGGUGCUGCUAUACUGCUGACAUCGUCCCUCAACAUGCUCAUACCGUCUGCGGCCAGGGUGCACUACGGAUGCGUCAUCUUUGUGAGGAUCUUGCAGGGCCUUGUAGAGGGGGUCACCUACCCUGCCUGCCACGGGAUUUGGAGCAAGUGGGCCCCGCCAUUAGAAAGAAGUAGGUUAGCAACCACCUCCUUUUGUGGUUCCUACGCAGGAGCUGUUAUUGCAAUGCCUUUAGCUGGAAUUCUGGUGCAAUAUACUGGGUGGUCUUCUGUGUUCUAUGUGUAUGGGAGCUUUGGUAUAGUUUGGUACAUGUUUUGGCUUUUGGUUUCAUAUGAGAGUCCUGCAAUGCAUCCUACAAUCACAGAUGAAGAAAGGAGAUACAUAGAAGAAAGCAUUGGAGAGAGUGCCAAUCUUCUAGGUGCAAUGGAAAAAUACAAAACUCCAUGGAGAAAAUUUUUUACAUCUAUGCCAGUCUAUGCAAUAAUUGUUGCAAACUUCUGUAGAAGCUGGACUUUUUACUUGCUGCUUAUUAGCCAGCCUGCUUACUUUGAGGAAGUGUUUGGAUUUGAAAUAAGCAAGGUGGGUAUCUUAUCUGCUGUGCCGCAUUUAGUGAUGACAAUUAUUGUUCCUAUUGGAGGACAAAUUGCAGACUUUUUGAGAAGCAAACAGAUUCUUUCAACCACUACUGUGAGGAAGAUAAUGAACUGUGGAGGUUUUGGUAUGGAAGCAACUCUUCUUCUCGUGGUGGGAUACUCUCACAGUAAAGGAGUGGCUAUUUCAUUCUUAGUGCUUGCUGUAGGCUUUAGUGGAUUUGCCAUAUCUGGAUUCAAUGUCAACCAUUUAGACAUUGCCCCGAGGUAUGCCAGCAUCUUAAUGGGAAUUUCUAAUGGAGUCGGGACCUUGUCUGGAAUGGUUUGCCCUAUAAUUGUUGGAGCAAUGACAAAGAACAAGACACGUGAAGAGUGGCAGUACGUCUUCCUCAUUGCUGCUUUAGUUCAUUAUGGGGGUGUUAUCUUCUAUGGCAUAUUUGCUUCAGGAGAGAAACAACCCUGGGCAGACCCUGAACAGACAAGUGAAGAGAAAUGUGGCUUUAUUCAUGAAGAUGAACUUGCUGAAGAGACAGGGGACAUUACUCAGAAUUAUGUAAAUUAUGGUACCACCAAGUCUUAUGGUGCUACAACCCAGGUCAACGGUGGCUGGCCUAAUGGUUGGGAGAAAAAAGAGGAAUUUGUACAAGAGGAAGUACAAGACUCAUACACCUACAAGGAAGAUUAUUCAUAACAAACCUAAAUAUUGGAUAUAUUUUGUAGUGUUUGUGAUUAAAUUCAUUGUGAUUGUUUGCACACAGAAAUAAAACGUGGUAUAAACAUGUAAACACAUAUCAGACAGGAAGGUCUUACUGUAAAAAAAAUACAUUAAAGUGCAAUUUGUAUGAGUUGUGACAUGUCAUCACUUUCAUUAGGUUAUAUUUGUUCUAUAAACAUUAGAGUUUUAAGGGUUUACUGGUCAAAACUAUAGAGGCAAUUAGAUACUUACAGUAUACAAGAGCUAAAACUCAUAACUAAGGAUUAAAGCACAACUAAGCAACCAAGUUGGCACAUCUAAUGCUCUUUUUAGAAAGACAAAAUUACUUGAUCAUUAAAAAUGCACUUAUAUAUUUGUUACACUGUAUUGAAAGAGAUUGUGCUAAAUACACACAGUUACUCAGUGCAAUGUAGGAAUUGUGUGUUUAGUCUAAGACAAGAGCUUUCUUGAAGAAGAAAGAUUGAGUCCUAGGCAUUUACAUUGGAUUGAUCCAGUUCCCUUAAUGGGGAUUGUAUCAAGCUUAACGAACAAAUAGGGCAUAUUGUAUGUCUAUCGUGAUUACAUGCUGCAGGCUACUGUGUGAUGAAGAAACAAAUUAUUUAGGAGUUUUAUACUGAAUGUUUGGGCACAAAUUCUUAUUUCUAUUCUUUACAGAAUCUUAUGAAAUGAUAGGCAUCGCCAUGUUCUUCCCUGCAUUUAUCAACUAACAGAGAAACAAUAUAUAAUGUUAAGUCUGUCACAUCCCUUUAUCAAAAAACAAGCUUUAUUAUUCUAUUCUUUGCAGUCUAUUCCAGCUUUGUCCUGGUGUCUUUAGAGAGAGAAAAAACCCAAUGUAACAGAGAAAAAGAUAUAGUCUUUUACAAAAUUCCAAAGAGAAAUUUACUAUGAGCAAGUA